GUUGAAAUAUAAGACUAUUCAGUGCAGAGGAGCAGCACUGGUGUGUGACUCUCCCCUGCAGACAGGCUCAGUAGAAUGGCCCUCACCAGGAUCCUGAUUGCUGGAGGGCUGCUGAGCUGCCUCUACACUCUCUGUUCCUCCACAGAAACACCAGAGCCGUCUUUCCUGGUGACCUUUCCUGCCCAGAUGAGAUCAGAGUCCGAAGCCAAACUCUGUGCCAGCCUCCUGAGUCCAAACGAGACUCUGCUCAUGUCUAUGUAUCUGGCCAAUGGAGACGAGAAGAAGAUGCUGCACCAGGAAGCAUCAGACAAGGACUUUCACCGCUGCUACCAGUUCCAGGCCCCUUUGGUGAAAGAAGACUCUGUGCAGAAAAUCAUAGUAGAGGUCAAAGGUCAAACAUCUCACUGGACCUUAGAAAGUCGGGUGAAGUUCAAGCCAAAACCUCGUCCUGUAGCCUUCAUCCAGACAGAUAAACCCAUUUACAGCCCAGGCCAAACAGUGCAUUUCAGAGUGGUCACCAUAGACACCGACUUCAUUCCACUCAGCGGAAAGUACAACCGCAUAUUCCUGGAGGACAGCCGAGGCAACACCAUUGCCCAGUGGCUUGAUGUGACAUCACAGGGCAAAAUAGUGCAGCUCUCCCACGUGUUAAACCCAGAGGCUCCUCAGGGCCCAUACAAGCUCGGUGUAGAUGGCAGUCAAACACCAUAUCAGUCACAUGUUUUUCAAGUGAAAAAAUAUGUUUUGCCCAAGUUCGAGGUUACUCUGAAGGCUCCAGAGGUCGUCAGUGUAGGAGCGCAAGAGCUCAAGCUGGAAGUGUGUGCUAAGUAUACAUUUGGCCAGCCUGUACCAGGAAAAGUUUCCAUGUCAUUGUGUCGAGACUUAAAUCAUUAUCGAGCUGAAGAUGAUAUGUUAAGUCCAGAGACGCCUUGUUUUGACACAUUAGCAGAGACGGGUGAAUCUGGUUGUGCCUCUCAUGUCUUUAAUAUGGUAAUGUUUACACAACCUGACUUCAGUAGAAAACUGAAGAGCAGUUUCCGAUUCAGUGCAACUGUAGCUGAAGAAGGAACAGGUAUCAGUCGGAAAGAAAAAAAAGACAUAAGAUUGGACUACUCGCUUGGGAAACUAACAUUUGUCGAUACACCAGGAGUGAUUGAGGAGGGAGCAGUAAUGGAUGGCAAGAUCAAAGCAACCCAUUACAAUGGCACUGGCAUCGCUCACAGAGCGGUCCAUCUAUUUCAAGGUCCGAGAUGGAGUUCAAAGCUCCUACUGAACCUGACCACAGACUCUGCUGGAGAGGCCCAGUUCUCUAUUAACACUACUCUUUUCCCUGGAAACUUUGAGCUCCUUGCAAGUACAGCAGCCGACUUUGUGGAAUAUGUUCCACGUGCCACUCCACAUUAUGAGACUGCAACAAAGUCUGUGUCCAGAUUACUACCAGCAUCUCCACACACAGCAUCAUACAGUUCUCUGACUAUAAAAGCUGUCGAUGAAACUCUUCGGUGUGGCAAAGACGUAUCCAUCACCAUUAAGUACGCCUUCAUUGGAGAAACAUUCAGCACAGAGUCUGUGGAUGUAAUUUAUGUGGUUUUAUCCAAAGGGCAGAUUGUUCAUCACGGUUUUGUUGAGGCUUCAGUGAAGGGCUCCCUACCAGUAACUGAGGGUGAGGUGUCCUUCCAGCUCCCUGUCAAUGCUGAGAUGGCUCCCUCAUUGAAAGUCCUCGUGUACUGUAUCUUACCUAGUGAGACAGUCCUGGCUAAUAGCCAAACCCUCUCAACAGAGAAGUGCUUCAGAAAUAAGGUAUCGGUGCAGUUCUCCCCCCCUGAAGCGGUUCCUGGGGAGGAGAGCUCCCUGCAGCUUUCAGCCCAGCCUGGCUCUCUGUGUGGCCUCAGUGCUGUGGAUCAGAGCAUCUUUAUCCUGGAAUCAGGGAAACGCCUUGAUGCCCAGAAGAUUUUUGGAUUAUUACCAAGGCCACCCAGUGAAGAAAUUCCUUAUGAUGUUGAAGAUCCUCUUGAAUGCCUUAAAGUCAGACCCAGGCGUUCCUCCAUGCCAUACUUCCAUUCGCAGCGCCGUGACCGUGAUACUGGGGCGUUUCAGAUUUUUAAGAGUGUGGGACUGAAGACGGUGUCAAAUUUGGUUCUACGGUUCCCUAACUGCUUAAUGUUUAGGGGAGAGACAUAUCACAGGGGUCAUGGCUAUAUGGACUACCCUGUGGCCAAUAGGGUGUACUACUCCAUGGCCAGUGCUUCAGGAAUGGGGGGAGGAGGCCGUUCUAAAGAGGAAUUUGGCGUGACGGUUCGCACAGUCUUCCCAGAGACGUGGAUCUGGGACCUGGCAGAGGUCGGGGAGUCUGGAGAAGCACAAGUUCCUCUCACUGUCCCUGACACCAUCACCACCUGGGAGACUGAGGCCUUCUGCCUGUCCCCUCAGGGCUUUGGUCUGGCCCCACCAGCUCAGCUCACAGUUUUCCAGCCCUUCUUCCUGGAGCUCUCCCUGCCGUACUCCAUCAUCCGUGGAGAGACCUUUGAGCUCAAAGCAACAGUUUUCAACUAUCUACCCAAGUGCAUCAUGGUCACAGUGACUCCGGCCCCUUCAUCAGACUUCACUCUGACCCCCUCCUCUGAUGGUCAGUACUCCUCCUGUCUGUGUGCAAAUGGGAGGAACACCUUCAAAUGGACACUGGUGCCCUCUGUGCUUGGACUGAUGAAUGUCACUGUGGGUGCAGAGGCCACUCAGUCCCAGGGGCUAUGUGGCAACGAGGUUGUGUCUGUACCAGAGAAAGGUCGCAUAGACAUAGUCACACGCCCUCUGCUGGUGAAGGCGGAAGGAACUGAGAAGACCGAAAGUUUCAGUAGGCUCUUAUGUCCAAAAGGGGGAGCUCUAACCGAUGAGGUGGAGUUGAAACCCCCAGCAGAUGUAGUGAAGGGAUCCGCCAGAGCCUCAGUGUCUGUGCUGGGAGACAUCCUGGGUCGUGCUCUGAAGAACAUUGAAAGCCUCCUGAAGAUGCCUUAUGGUUGUGGGGAGCAGAAUAUUGCCAUCCUCUCCCCAAAUAUCUACAUUCUGCAGUACUUACAGAACACUGGCCAGCUCACUGCAGAAAUUAAGGAAAAAGCUACCAAUUUCCUGAAAAGUGGAUACCAGAGGCAGCUUAACUACAAGCACCGUGACGGAGCCUACAGCACAUUUGGUCGAGGAGACGGAAACACAUGGCUGACUGCAUUUGUGUUGAGGUCGUUUGGUAAAGCAAAGUCCUUCAUCUACAUUGACCAUGACGUUAUUAACAGUGCCAAGAGCUGGCUGGAAGCACAACUUGGUUUCAGUGGUGCUUACCGUAUGCAAGGAAACCUCUUCAACAACAGAAUGAAGGGAGGUGUAAAUGAUCGUGUGACCAUAACUGCUUACAUCGCUGCCUCAUUGCUGGAGCUGAAUAUGACUGUAACGGAAAAGACCAUGACAUUCUUGAAGUCCUACCACAGAGGGGAACCACUUCCACGAGAUAUUUCUCUAGACAUGUCACUACCAGGAGUUUUGAUCCCAAUCUUUCCACAACCGCUCGAUGAUGCCGCCAUCAACACUGAUAGCACCAAAACUGACACCACCAACACCUACACCACUGCUCUACUGGCCUACACCUUCAGUCUUGCUGGAGAAGAGGAAAUCCGAGCUGAACUUCUGAAACGCUUGGACAGUGUAGCAACCUCUGAUGGGAGUCUGCUGCACUGGUCUCAGUCCUCAUCAAAGCGAGCUGAUUCCCUGGCUGUGGAGACCAGUUCUUAUGUGCUCUUAGCUGUUCUCACCAAACCCACACUGACUGCUGCCGACUUGGGCUAUGCUUCCAGGAUUGUCAGCUGGCUGGUGAAGCAGCAAAAUCCAUAUGGAGGCUUCUCCUCCACACAGGACACAGUGGUGGCACUGCAGGCUCUGGCUCUGUACGCCACCAAGGUCUUCAGCCCACAUGGCUCCAGCACAGUGACAGUGCAGUCAGCAGGUGGCGACAAACACCAGUUUGAUGUGAACCAGCACAACACACUACUGUACCAGGAGUCAGCACUGCAGGACAUUCCUGGGAAGUACAGCGUUGAAGUGACGGGCUCUGCAUGUGCUUCUGUGGGGGUGGCUCUUUUCUACAACAUCCCCACUCCCACUGAGCACUCCACAUUGAGCAUUAAGACUCAAGCCAAGCCUCUGACUGAGGGAGAGUGCAACAAAGCCAACGGACAGUCCUUUACCCUUGACAUCACAGUCCAGUAUAAUGGACAGCUGCCAAGCACCAACAUGGCUAUAAUAGAUGUGAAAAUGUUAUCUGGCUUCACACUUGACUCUGCCUCUGUUGAAAGACUACAGGAGAGCAGACUAGUGGACCGAGUCGAUCAGAAAGAUGACCACAUCUUUGUAUAUCUCUCAGAGGUUCCAAAGGAUGAACCUAUUCACUACCAACUGACCAUCCGACAGGAACUCCCAGUGACCAACCUGAAGCCAGCCGUGGUCAAGAUCUAUGACUACUACCAAACCAGUGACCAAGCUGAGGCAGAGUACUCCUCCCCUUGUGCAGGGGAGAGCUAAAGGAAGAAGUCAUCAAGUGAAAAUCAUAUUUCUUUUAUUAUGACAUUUCACUCAUCAACACUUUAACUUGCUAAUGUGUUGAUACUUGGGGCUGUCGAAAUAAUGCAUUCAUUAAUCAAUCAUACCAAAAAUCACACUGAUCAAUCUCAUUUUAUAAGGACCUUUGACUCAGUGCAGGUCUGGCUACAGGAGCCAGCCAAGAAAGUGCUGAUUGGUCCAGUGAAUGGAACUUUUAGUCUACGUUUAAAAAAAAUAAAACAUGUCCAAAUGGAACUGUUGACAGGAGUGUUGUUCUCUGAAAUUUCUGCAGUAAGGAAUUUGCAUACCAUAGGAGUGUGUCAAGUCUGAAGUGUAAUGUCACCUUAGUGCCGAGCAACCCAGAGGUACGAGUUAGCACACCCUUUGAUGAUAAUAAAUAAUGCUAGCCACAAGCCUUGUCAAGCCACUCCCGACCAGGCGUUCAGAUGCAAGCCUACUCUAUACUCUUGUCUGACUAACUAACUAACUAACCGACUGGCUCCCUCCAAGAGUGUGUCAUUAACUAGAUUCAUUUUUUGAAUCACUUGUACGUAUUUGACUGUAUAUCUGUAAUAAAUACUUCAAACCUAA